GGGAACCAUAGCAGAUUGCACUGCCAGUCCCUUAGAUAUUUCCGUUCCCGCUACGCACCCACAGCCAUAAGCAUUAAGUACUGCUACCACCACCAGUACAGCACUUUGGCACCUCGCUGUACUUAAGAGUGCAUAACUCUACAAAUUCAGUGGUGUUGGAUCUGAGCCUCUUCUCUCCCCUCCAGAGGCAUCGGCAGAAAUGAUGUGGUCCAGGACAGCUCUUUGGCUCGCGAUUAUGCGGAUGGUGCUGAGCAAUCCUGUAAACGAUCUCAAGAAAUGCAACUUCAGUUACGAUAAUUCGAGCAAUCCCCCCUUCCUUGUGGACACGAAGCGGAAGGAACUCAUCUACCCGGACAUUGUGCAUGGAAAACAACAGAGCGUGACAUUGAACAAUGGGACCACCGUGCUCGCCUCCUGUCCCGGCACUGACAACCAGCUCGUCAACUACAGUAAAAGUAGCAUGGAAAUCACCUGCAGGGACUCUAAGCUGUUUAACGACAGUGAUCCGGUGUCUUGGGAGGACCUGGGAUGUUCCAGUAAAGUCAAACCCACACUGAAGUCAGGCAGGAGCUGUGGGAAGGACAGCAGAAUGUACUAUAUCAGGUGGGACAUUCGCCGGAAUCUCUACCUUUGCCAAAUAUCUGUCUGCUUUAACACAAAACUGAAGACCACAGUGUUCGUCAGCCACACGAUACACGGAAGAUUCAUCGGCGCCAAGACAAAGUUCAAGAAUAAUACAAGGUUUUUCUCUAAGAAUCUGAUUUACUACUACAAUCAGGAAAAGCAGAAGAAAAUACUGAAUUCGUCGAAUGAGGUAUUCGGCUACUUCUUAUCCAAGGGACACUUGGCACCUGUGGCGGAUUUCGUGCUGGAGGCGGAAAAACGUGCUACUUAUCAUUACAUCAACAUCGUCCCGCAGUGGAAGACUAUCAACAAUGGGAAUUGGGAGAAACUUGAGUCUGCGGUGCGGAAGUUAGCUAAAGAUGGAGCGGCCACUCUGGACGUGUACACAGGUACUCACGGCAUACUGGAGUUGCUGAACAUGAGCAACUGUAGCAUCAAAAUAUUCCUCAACAAUAAAAAUCUGCCGGUGCCCGCCCUCAUGUGGAAGGUAAUCCACAAUCCCGCUAAUCAAACUGCUGUAGCCAUUGUUAUGGUAAACGAUGUGACGAAUUCGUCAGAUUUCUGGAGCGCGAGAUACUCGACGCAUUCUGAAAAUUGUUCCAAACUAGGUUGGGUUAACUGGCAAGUUAAUAACGUGAUUGCAGUGGAUGAGUGGGGUCGGGGAAGGACACGACGUGGGAUAAAGGGAUGGCACUCUCUGGAUCUUGGUGGGGUGUGGACGCGUGGCGGCGAGCGGAGACUCGCCAUAGGACAGGGGUGACCGUGCGUUUUGAUCAGGUGGGUGGUGUUUUUAGGGGAGAUUCCUGGAAAGUAAUUCAGUGAGUGGGGGGUGUUUUUAUGUGAUGUUGAGUGGUGGAUUCGAGUGAAGGAGAGUGUGUUGUGUGUGUUUCACGCGUCUCUGAUUUGUUUAUCCAGAGUCCCGCGUGUCACUUUUAUUGUCUUUGUCCUUAUGUAAGUUGCUUUAUUUUAAAUAUAUAUGAUAUUGAUUUGGAA